CUGCAGAUGGCGCCCCUCCGCAGAAAGAGCGCUUUUAACGCCGUCGAGCUUUUGAACCAAAGGAGCAGAGGAAUCAGGGAUGCUGGGACUUUACACAGACUCUGCUUGAAAAUCCUCAGAAACAUAAUUCUUCAUGAAAACAGGAGCUUUAUUAAAGUAUGGAGCAAGACUUCAAAAUCAGCAAUCAUGUAUGAGAGUGGUAGAGUCUACUGUGAAAAUUACCAGAACUGCUACAGUUGUGUUCAUGAUCAGCCGCAUAGUUUAUACAAAUUCCCAAAGAGGUCCAAACAGCAGAAAAUUGAAGACGCCCUGCUUUGUCAGAGCCCUCUUGACAAAACUUUAUCCUCUCCCUCUGAACAUAAGCCCUGCCUAUUAGCUCUGACAGCAGAUAACUGGCUCUGUCGCAUUUCAGCUGAAACAGGAAAAGAGCUACAGAGAGUUUAUCUCUCUCCUAAAUACAAGUUCAGGUAUCUUGCCUGGAAUGUUUUACAAGAAACAUUUUAUGUUAAAUCUGUUCAAAACAAAGAAACACCCUUGGCAAGACAGGCAGGUGUAUCGCAGCAUGCUGUGAUGCACCUGGCCAUUUUUCAUGUUUUCCCCCUGCAAAUUGUGGGCAUUUUAGAGAUAAAUAAAAAGGGGUUUGGAAGUGGUGUUACUGAUGUGGUUCUGUCCCAGGGCGUCCUCGCUGUGUCUUACAGUAACAAGUCAGUGAAACUCUACAGCUUGGAACACAUUGUCCAAAGAUACCUGACUGAAGAGCUAACACUGGGACAGCAGAGUCCACUGCUGGGACACAAAACUGUCGGAGAUGCUCCGUUUGGUAUCCCAGCUAACAUCCAGGUCACAGAUCCGCCACCACUUCUUUUUGAGGCAUUCUCUCACAAUGGUAUCCAGAUCGGUGGUUACCCUUGGCACUACAUUUACACUCCACCACACAAAAAACACAGAGGGACUCACCACAUCGCUUCACUCAAGGACAGCACUUUGGCGACAAAUGGAGUCCAGAACAUGAACUGUUGCUCUCUGGAGACUGAUGUCAUCUUCUUCCAUCCGGCCGAUUCGGGGAGAGUCAUCCACGUUGGACCUACCACUAUAAAUGUGCUGAAAAUCAUCAGCGAACUAAACAGUCCUUUGCCAUCAGAGGUAGCUGAGGAUUUCUCUCUGUCAACACAUCGGAGCAACCCUUCCCCUCGUGUCACCGUCACAUCAUCGGGCCGUGCAGUGAGAUCGAGAUUUCAUCAGCUGGAUGAUGACCCCAUGCAGGAGACUUUUCGGUUGCUGGAAUACGAGGACGAGCUCGACCUUCUGGCCAUAGGGGUAACUAACGGGGAGGACGAAGAAGGCAGAGCUCUCAUCCAGCUGCAUGACAACCAGACAGGAAGAUUACGGCGAAAGAUUGAUCUGGUUGAACCUUGGGAUGAGACUUAUCCACAUGAGCUGUUCUUCGACAAAGACACCAUUGUUCACAUCGAGCAAAAGAGCAGCAACUUCUGCUGCCAUGUUUACAAACUCAGGACCAUCAGAAAAUGACUAAUGUGACCAAAAGCUGCUCAGAAAUACAACCAACACCUCAAAGAUAUUGUGUAAUAUUUUUCAAUGUAGAGUUUUAAACUUGUGGGUAAUUGUAUAUUUUAUUUUGUCUGAAUAACAGUUUUUUUUGUCAUUGCAAACAUUCUUUGGUUUUAGUUUUUUACAACAUUAAAAUUAUGUAUUUUUCCAACUAGCUUUCUGUCUCUUUCUUUCCAUCACGCACAUACAAACCAGUUUAAAGUAGAUUUUAAGAAGUAAAUUCAGCAAUGCUUAGAUUUUCAUGUACUAACGUGUACUGUUUGCUCAGACCUGCUUUAAAGCCCGUGGAGAUCGCUCCUUUCAAGCAGUCACACCACAACUGUGGCUGAAGACUUAUUUGUUUCAAUUUUUUUUUUAACUUUAAUUUUAAAAAAAUUUAUUGAAUUUUGUUCUUUUAUUUGUUUCUUAUCGUGAAGCCUUUGUGAAUUUUAUCACCGAGUGGUACUAAAUAAAUCAAAUUUACUCACCUUUUUACUA